AUGUGCCGCGAGUCUACUGCUAUGGGUUCUCCUCCAAUCCCUAAACUCUUAGAUCCAAACGCACCACCUUACUACGCACCACGGGCAGAAAAUGUUCACUCUCAUACGCCUCAAAACUUCCACUCGCCGCCGCCAUCUGUACCGGCGGUGUCACCACCCCCACCGCCCCCACCGCUAUAUUUAAGCCCAGUACAAACCGAAGAGCCUUUCCUUCUGUCCCCUACAAUCCUUCGCCAACAACCACUGUUUGCACCGCUACUUCUCCCACCAACACAGCCGGUGGUGGGGUUUCCACGGCCUUUACCGGCGGUCUUCUAUGUUUCCAGUCCGCAAGCAUAUAGUCAUGGACAAUGUUUUUACACAGGGUAUUAUUAUGCUUCCAACAAUAUACAGGUACCUCAACAAAUUUAUAACCCACAGGUGGAAAAAUCUUUUCUGUACCCAAAUGGAUUUGAUCACGGUGUUGAAGUCAGUGGUUGUUCUGGAGGGGAGGUUAUGGAAACUGGGAAGGCGGGGGAGAAAAUUGAGGAUUUGAAUUCUUGUUUUGGUAGAGAGAAGAAAGAUGCCAUGUCUGUGCCAGCGGGGUCUAGGGUUAGAAGAUGGACCGUUCUGGAGUUUGGUGGGAAGUUGCGGGGGCGUCGAUGGAAGCCUAGAAAGACCAAGUCCGAGAAGGGUGGUGCUACUGGUAGUACUAGUUGCCCUCUGGGUGAUGAUUCAGAUUGUGAAAAUACCACUGUUAUGAUAAAAAAUAUACCAAACCAGUUCAGGAGGAGCAUGUUGUUGGAGAUACUGGAUAGGUACUGCGAGGAAGAUGGAUUGGAGUAUGAUUUUGUCUACCUCCCAUUUGAUUUCAAGCACGAUAACAACUUGGGCUACGCAUUUGUGAAUUUUACAAGUAAUUAUGGUGCCAAAAAAGUGGGAGAUCUCAUGCAGAACCACAAAUGGGGGGCCGUAAGAAGCUCGAAGGGUCUUUAUCAGUCCAUGAAAAUAUGCGAAAUCAGAUGGGCCAGAAUCCAGGGCAAGAAUGAGCUGGUUCGGCAUUUCCAGAAUUCAAGCUUCGCAUGUUCCACGAAAGAGUACUUGCCUGUGGUUCUUUCUCCACCUCGGAAUGGUUCAACCUCAAUCACUAUGCCCAUUACUGUUGGUAAGUGCAGGGCCUCUCACCUGUUGCCUUGA